CUUCAACCUGCUGCUUUUUUCUUGUAGUUGAGAACUGAGAUGAUUAAUUCAUUGAAGAUCUAGAUUACUGUACAAUUUACUCUAUCAUUAACGAAAGAUUUCUAUACUUAAAUUGUGAUAUAUCCUACGUGCUUCUCAGCCAACUUGUCUUCCACAAAUCCUCAAGCUAACACCAACGCCAUGUUGCUUGUCAGCUCGAACAAAAUAUUUAAGUACAUUUAAUCAAUUCAAUUGACACCAAAUACAGCAUGGUCUCAUAAAAAAUCUCCAAUUAACAAUCGCCGAAUUCCCGUCGAUCAUAGUCGUCGCCGUCCCCAAAUCCAGCCCAUUUUCCGGCCGGGACGCGAUGCCUUGUUUCGCAAGCCGUUGAAAUUAUGCUUGUUCUCCUGAUAACAAGCUUCCCAAAAAGAAUGUCUUGCAAAACAUAGCCAUGAACAGGAUUAAGGCGGCGCCACACGCUUCACAAAUCAUGGUGGCAGCGCUGUGCUUCCAACUUUCGAAGCAAUAUCCAAAGUCCAGACGAAAUGGAUAGAAAGCUGGCGGAUUUCCUCCGCUGCUACAAUGCCAACUCACGUUAAACAUCCCCCCAAAUUAAACUGAUCUCCAUCGUCUUCCCCAACACGACUUCAACACCAAGAUAUCGGCUCCUCCCUGAAUCCCGAUUUCCCCUUAUAAACAUUUCGUCGAACACCUUCGCUACAAUCCAUUCAAACCCAUCAUCCAACCCCAACUUCCCAAAACAAACACAAUCCCUUCAGCACGACAUAGAUCCGCUGCACUUCCACCGAGGCGAAAAAAACCCAAAUCCUGGUUUCUUGUGUAGGCGCACAUGGGAUUUGUUCCGUCGAAAAUGGUGAAGCUUUACAUUCAACUUCUGGCCGCCGUUUUCCUGAUUGUUCGAGCUCCAACGAUGACUUCGGGGGCUCUGUCUCUUGCGACGAGCUUCUCCAUCGCCAACUUGAUAAGGGUGGAUCAGUCAGGGAAAGGGGAUUUCAGGACGAUUCAGGAAGCCAUCGACUCUGUUCCUUCGGGAAACUCUGAGCUGGUUUUCAUAUGGGUGAAGCCUGGAGUCUACGUGGAGAAAGUCGUGGUUCCGGAGGACAAGCCUUUCAUAACUCUAAGUGGCAACCAGGGUGCCAACAGUACCGUCAUCACAUGGAGCGAGCAAGGCGACAUAUUUGAGACCGCGACUCUCUCUGUUCUGGCUCCUUUCUUCGUUGGCAGAUUCCUCACCAUUCAGAACACGUUUGGGAGCGGGGGGAAAGCAGUGGCGCUGAGGGUAUCAGGAGACAAGGCUGCAUUCUACGCCUGCAGAAUACUGUCGUAUCAGGACACCCUUCUUGACGACAGUGGAUCCCAUUACUACAGCAACUGCUACAUCGAAGGAGCCACAGACUUCAUCUGUGGCCAUGCUACCUCACUCUUCGAGAAAUGCCAUAUCCACUCACUUUCAGAGGGCAACAACUCGAUCACAGCGCAGCACAGAGACGAGGAGUCGGACGAAACAGGGUACACUUUCUUGGGGUGCAAGGUAACCGGAACUGGGAGUACCUUGCUGGGGAGGGCAUGGGGUGCUUACUCCAGGGUUGUUUUUGCCUAUUCCUACAUGGAUUCUGUUGUCCUGCCAGCUGGAUGGAGUGAUUGGGGAGACCAAACCAAGCACAGCACUGUGUUCUAUGGGGAGUACAAGAACUAUGGGCCUGGAGCUGACAGAUCCAACAGGGUGGAAUGGUCCAAGAAGCUGUCAGCUGGGGAGGUUUCGCCUUUCUUGAGCAAGGAGAUGAUUGGUGGGAGAUAUUGGAUUAGGGCUGCCCCAAAGUUCUUCAGGAUUGGGUCCAAAAUUGUUAGAGCUGGCAAUGGUGGCAAUCCCAGCUCCAUGCCCUGAAAACAGUAUCUACUGGGAAUUUGUGUUGUCAAUGUACAGUUUAUUUUUUCUUUUGUGUGGGGGAGGUAAUUAGUAAUUACCAGUACUGUAUUGUGGUUAAAGUGAUUGAUUCAUUAUAUUGACCUCCCAGUGAGAGAGGAGUAUUGUCGUUUUCAC